AUGAGCAAAUCAGGAGACAAUACGUCGAUUAGAUCACGAGACAAUACGUCGAUCAGAUCACGAGACAAUAGGUCGAUCAGAUCACGAGUCAAUACGUCGAUUAGAUCACAAAACCAUGAUUGCCGUAAGCACUAUGAGUUGAAAAGGUAUGCAAAGUUGUUCAACUGCGAUGGCUGCAAGAUGACAGGAUUCGGAGAAAGGUACACAUGCAAUCCUUGUGGUCGCGAACUACACAAAGAGUGUAGGCACCCCAAAUCUGAAGUUUCCCACGAGAAUUUUGCUGGCUCCGUCUUCAAAUUUCACAAUAAACCAUUCACUAGACUGAAUAAGAAGAAUCACAAAGAGUUUUCGAAGUGCUGCGAUGCAUGUGGAAAGGACAUAUGUGGUUUUAACUACCACUGUAAAGCAGACAACAAGGAUUUACACCCAUGUUGUCUAAAACUUAAAAAGAAACUAGAGAUUGAUGGUACGAUAUUUGAUCUCAAGACAAAGGUUUCAUCAAAGUGCGGUAAGUGUGGAAAGCGGGAGAUUUCUCGAGAUGAGAAAAAUGUUUUGGGAUGGUCUUAUGUGUCUACGUGCAAAAAGUAUCAUUUUCAUGUGUAUUGUAUAACUGAAAUGGUACAAGAGGCAUACAUGAAGUAUGGGGAUUUGGCAUUGGAGAAUAUGGAUUUAAAACAAUUAGUUAGAAAUAAUAGAAACAGAAGCGGUGGAAGUACCUUCAUUACGACAAUCAAAUUGUUUGUCAAGUUUCUAUUGUCUGCUCUUUUGGGCGAUCCAACAAUGAUGAUUCCCAAUGUCAUGGUGGAGUUGAUCUCGCGUAGCAUGUAA